UUCCCACAUUAUUGAAUUACUGCAAAGAAACCACUACUAAAGGACACUAACAGUCCCUCCAGGAUUUCAUGACAUUGUUUUGUGAUUUCUGUGCCCCAAAAUACUGAGAAACAGCUAUUUUUCUGAAGGGAAAAAGGGGUGGAAGCUAGCUUAGAGUUCCAACAUAAAACUUGAAUUUGACAUGAACUUGAGAUUUAAUAUGUCUUAUGGGGGAUUGCCCCGAUAAUCUGGAGGUACUAAAAAAAUCAUAAACUAGGAUAAAAGAAACACCUAGGGUCCAAUCUGAAAUUAAGACAUAUCUCAAGUUCAUCUUCCGUGAAAAUAAUUAGAGACAAAGUGGUAUUUUGGGCUGUUUCUUUUUCUGAACAUAACGAGAGGUGAGGGAUGACCAAGGGCCAAGCUCAUCUAGGCCUAUAUCUCAAUGUAAUCAUUCAUUUCAUCCUCCCUAUCCUCCUCCAUAUCAAUUGCUCCACUGCGGAGUCAUUAGUUGUGGUACAUGAAGACCCAAAGCUCGUAGGUUGUUGUUAAGAGGUUGAUUGCCUACGGCUGGACAACUCAAGCUUGUAGAUACUGUUGCUUCGCUCAGCAUCAGCUGAGUUUGAGACUGCAUCCUUGUAGCAUUUGGCCAGGGUGCUCAGCACAGGAAGUCUCUCUUGAAGUGCAUCCCAGAAGAUAUCCAAAUCCACCACGCAACUCACUGUGGCUCUCAGUGCUGCUGGUCCUUCAUUGGUCAAGUAGGCACCCAGUUCAUCUCUCAGUACCUUACUGAAGCCUGGAAUAGCCUUGUAGCUGGGCACUGUCAUCCAUAAACACAAUGUGGCGUGGAUCAAACACCCUAACUUCUUGGGGGAACUCCAUGGCAGGCUGACCAUCUGACAUGUACUUCGUCGUUUUGUCCUCUGCAUUGCUGUAUGCCUCAACAGCAAAGGGCAAGUCAUCAACUGCAUCAAAGUAGUGUGAACAAGCCUCAUAACUGUAGUUAUUUGUUGGCCACAAUGUACAUCUGCAAGUCCUCUAAAUAGUGAAAGAUCUUUGUUUUCAAGGGAUGUCUGCUCUGAAAGAUGUUGAAGCUGCAGGAUUACUUUAUACUUGUCGAUCAUGAUGUUCAGUUGAAUCUGCAGCGACUGAACCAGCUCUUGGUUUUGUAGCAUCUCAUGGCGUUUCUCUACAGACUGUUGGGGCACCUCGGCCACACACCUGUGAAUGACAAGGAAUAAAAAAGAGGAACAUAAGAAAUAUUACUCCAUGUGAAAUGACAUCGCGGCUUACAAAAAAUGUAGGUCACCUUUUUCUGCAUAAUUACAAUGAUAUAAAUGACAAUGAGUUAAGCAAAUGUAGAAGGUAUGUAGAUUUAAAUCAUACCUGUAUUUCCAUCUCUAUGAGCCCACUGUAGAGGCCAAACUGCACUGCUGAGAACAUAUGUGAACUUAGCAUGAAUGCGUUCAGCUGAUCAAAAGCUUUGCAGAAAGCACUCCCUAUCAGAUUAAUGUUGUGAGCCAAGCGUGUUAUGUGCAGAGAGUAGGGGAACAAUGACUGCAGUGCAGCUUUGUAGGGUUUCUUCAUGCACGCAGCAUUGUCUGUGUCAAAGACCAUGACGUCCUCAUUGGAGAUAUUGUAGUCUUGUAGACAUUUCCCCACCGCCAUGGAAACUGUUGAAUGGUUGCACUGCUCCAGAAACACUGUCUCUGCGAGGUAGGCAACAAUUAUCCCGAGGUAUCCUUUUCAAGUGGUGCGAUGACGAUGUUCAACAUCUGGAGUUUCAUCAAUGAUGACUGUCACUGGCUUCCCUGCUAAAUGUUGCUUGAGUUCUUCCUUCACCUUCAGGUAGACCUCUCCCAAGUACUGUUCCUGUAGGUGGUGGUAUCCAGGGAUGGCUACCAGUUUCAUCGGAUGAGAUGAGUGUGCGCGGGGGGCAGGGUAGUGACGAGGUGCUGGUGUCCCAGGCGGUGUGGGACUACCUGGCUGCCGCCGGCCAGCCCUGGCUCAUAGACUUUCAGGACAAGCAGGGCUUGAGUGCCGGCAUCAUCCGCCGAGGUGAGCGGGGAGGCUGCUGCGCAGUGCGGCUACGCCCCAUAGAGGGAUCCCGUUCUGGGGGAGGACCCGGGAUGAUGGAGGAAGGACCCAUCUCCAACGAGACCCGCAAGGCCUUCAUAGACUUAUGCCGCUGCGCCCGCAAAGAGAUGAGCAAACAGGAUGGGGGUCCUAAACGGAAGAGGUCCCUGCUGCCCUGCGUUGGGGUGGGGGUCCUGGAGGGGGAUGGAGAGGGGAGCCUGCUACCACCUCAGCCUCCCCAGCCCAGACGCUCUCAGAGGCAGCAACAGAGAUAUAAGAAGCCUGCGGAGGAAGAGGCCUGUGUGGUCCUCUCCAACUCCACGUCCCACAACGAAUCCGGACAGAGGAAGAAGGACAACAUGGAGGUCAGCUGCAGUAUGAUGGCCUCCUCUCAUAACCAAUCCCACAGUGAGGCAGACGACUACACCUCAUGUUCCAUCUGCAUGGGCGACAUGGUGGAGAGGACCACACUGGAGAGGUGCGGCCACGCAUUCUGCCGGUUGUGUCUAGACCAGGCCUUCAAGGUGAAGAGAGCGUGUCCUGUGUGUCGUCAGGUGUACGGCCAGCUCAUAGGGAACCAGCCGGCUACCGGGUGUAUGAUGGUGGAGAGGGACCCAGAUCUGGAGUUGCCAGGACACGAGGGUUAUGGGUGUAUCUGCAUCAUCUACAGCUUCCCACCUGGUUUACAGGCGCCGGAGCACCCUAACCCGGGGGUGAGGUACCCUGGGACGGACCGCGUGGCUUACCUCCCAGACAGCCCAGAGGGGAACCGGGUCCUGGGCCUGCUCCGCCGGGCCUUCGAACAGCGCCUCAUCUUCACCAUAGGGACCUCCAUGACCACAGGAAUGCAUAAUGUCAUCACCUGGAACGACAUCCACCACAAGACCUCCAUAUGGGGCGGACCACACUGCUUUGGAUACCCAGACCCCACUUACCUGGUGAGAGUGACCGAGGAACUCCGAGAGAAAGGCAUCGCUGCAGACUGACCGUACAGAUUCUAGAAUGAUUAUUCUAGGAACAUUUUAGGAACCUCUGGCUGCCCUGCUACUGCUGCUGGUGGUUGCUAGGCUGCAGUCUCCUGGACCUAGACCCAGCAGAGCAGUGGAUGAAUACGAGAUGUGACUGGGCCCCACAGCAGCCACAGGAGUACGGCCCAGUGGAGGCCCACAUAUCCCUACAAGACCACUUGAUGGGGUGACUCCUACCUUCCACUUCAGUCGAAUUUUCACUAAUCAUGCAUUGAUGUCAAUUGGAGACCAUUUGACUUAAGUGGAAGUGAACAUUUAUCUAAAGUGGAAUUUAGGAUUCACCCUUAUGUUCCUAGCCUCGUUAUCUAUCUUCCUGAGUUCGGCUCAACCCAGCAGCACUUUGUGUUGAAGAAAACAUACAAAUGAGUGCAGUGCAAUCUCUGUGUGAGCUGUUUUUGGCUCCACUCAUCCAAGUAUUUAUCAUAUAGGGAUUCAUAAUGUGAAGGUACAUACUACUUAAAUAUUAUUUUGAAACCUAAGUUCAAAGAAGAGUCCUAUUUUGUCAUAUUUAUGUUUAUUUCCACGCACAUUCUUUAUUUACCACAUUAUUUGUGCUCUGUCCAGUACGCUCUUAGAAUAAUAUUUUCUGUAAUUAUGUUAAUAAUAACCUGUUAUUUACACUGUAUUAAGACAGUACUAGAGAUGGUUGGUGGCAGGCAGAAUAGUACUGUCUGUUUCAAUAGAAAGCUCCUAAAGAAAUAAUUACAUUUCUCUGAAAGGAGUUGCACUUGAAGGCACUUUGUCAAGGAGGGAGGGAGUCCGUCAGUAGUUCAGUCACUGUUGGAGGGGGAGUUGUUCUCUGCAUAGAAUAAGAAUUAUCCUUUUGAAUUAGAAUGAUCAUUCUAAUUCUGUGGUUCUCUGCUUCCAGGGAACUGGUAGAUGGAAGAAUGCUCUGAGCAAAGCCAGGCAGGCGUUAGUCGUUAGCAGCCGUGAAGCUAAUAGCCUGAUAGCUAUAAGUUGAUGUCAAUUUUCUUGGAGCCCUUCAUUUCCCUUUUGAUCUUCCUCUCCUUUGAUUUCUUCUCCUUUUUACUUAAAUAGGAAGAAUGUUUUCUAUUUGAUGUCUCUCUCUGCUGCACCGUUCUGUUCUAGCGGAU